GGUACUCGAGGAUAGAUUGAAGCGACUCAUGAAUUCCUGUUUAAGAUUUAUCUCUUCCCUUCUUUCCCCAGACAAUAUUUCCUUGGAUCUUUUCUAUUCCAAACGAUCAACAACCAACACCCUUCCUACAUCUACAGUCUCCUACAGUUCAAACCUGUGAAUAGGGUUUCUCCUUGAACCAGAUUUUCCACUAGAACAUUUGAAUAUUCCUUGAUUGCCUCUUCCUUGUCCUCAUUCAAAUAUCAUCUCUACCAAUUCCUUCUCACAUCUCAAAAUUACGUUGUAAAAAUAAAUGUGAAUUGUGAAUGAGGUGAAUGGUUGUUGA